GUUACUAUAAUAUCAGAAAAUCGGUCGUUUAAAAGGCUACAAAUUACAUUGGAUAACAAACAAAUGGGAGUUUGAUUAACCCAAAGAUAUCCAAUGACAUUGUCGCAUGAAUUUGAUGAGCCGCUACCAACCAAGAAAAAAGACAAAACCGUCACCCUAAAAAUUUUUUCUUUUUAAAAUAGUCGUCAAAAUUGAGAAAUCCAUUGCUCUUUCCUUUUUUCCCCCUUCUUUCUUAAAGUUUUUACGUUCUAUCAAUCAUGUCUGUCGAAUACGAAGGUGCUAUUGGUAUCGAUUUGGGUACUACCUACUCCUGUGUUGGUGUUUGGGAAUCCGAACGUGUUGAAAUUAUUGCCAACGAACAAGGUAACCGUACUACUCCCUCUUACGUUGCUUUCUCUGACAGUGAACGUUUGAUUGGUGAUGCUGCCAAGAACCAAGCCGCCAUGAACCCCAAGAACACUGUUUUCGAUGCCAAGCGUCUUAUUGGUCGUCGUUUCGAUGAUCCCGAAGUUAAGGCUGACAUGAAGAACUGGCCCUUCACCGUUGUUGACCAAAACGAUAACCCUUUCAUUCAAGUUGACUUUGAAGGUGAAACCAAGACUUACUCCCCUCAAGAAAUCUCUUCUAUGGUGUUGAUCAAGAUGAAGGAAAUUGCUGAAGCCAAGCUCGGCAAGAAGGUUACCAAGGCCGUUGUCACUGUUCCUGCCUACUUCAAUGACAGUCAACGUCAAGCUACCAAGGAUGCUGGUACCAUUGCUGGUCUCGAAGUUCUCCGUAUUAUCAACGAACCUACUGCUGCUGCCAUUGCUUACGGUUUGGAUGCUAAUGACAAGAAGGAACGUAACGUCCUCAUUUUCGAUUUGGGUGGUGGUACUUUCGAUGUGUCUCUCUUGACUAUCUCUGGUGGUGUCUUCGCUGUCAAGGCUACUGCUGGUAACACUCACUUGGGUGGUGAAGAUUUCGAUUCUACUCUCGUCAAUCACUUUGUCCAAGAAAUCAAGCGUAAGCACAAGAAGGAUAUCUCUGGUGAUGCUCGUGCUCUUCGUCGUCUCCGAUCUGCUUCCGAACGUGCCAAGCGUACCUUGUCUUCUUUGACUCAAACCACUGUUGAAGUUGACUCUCUCUUUGAAGGUAUUGAUUUCCAAUCCAACAUCACUCGUGCCAAGUUUGAAGAAAUCAACUCUGCCUCUUUCAACAACACCAUUGAACCUGUUGAACGUGUCUUGAAGGAUGCUAAGGUUGACAAGAAGGAUGUUGAUGAAGUUGUCCUUGUUGGUGGUUCUACCCGUAUCCCCAAGAUUCAAUCUCUUCUCCAAGAUCUUUUCAACGGCAAGGAAUUGAACAAGUCUAUCAACCCUGAUGAAGCUGUUGCCUAUGGUGCUGCUGUCCAAGCUGCUGUCCUUACUAACCAAGCUGGUAACGAAAAGACCCAAGAUCUCUUGUUGUUGGAUGUCGUUCCUCUCUCUCUCGGUGUUGAAAUGCAAGGUGGUAUCAUGGCUGUUGUUGUUCCCCGUAACUCUCCCAUCCCUUGUCAAAAGUCCAAGGUGUUCACCACUGCCUCUGAUAACCAAACCACUGUCACUUUCCCUGUAUACGAAGGUGAACGUCUCUUGACCAAGGAAAACAACAUGUUGGGUGAAUUCUCUUUGUCUGGUCUCGUCCCUGCUCCCCGUGGUACUCCUGAAUUGUUGUGUACUUUCGAUCUUGAUGCCAACGGUAUCUUGAAGGUUACUGCUCAAGAUAAGACUACUGGUCGCAAGGCUGAUGUCACCAUCUCCAACUCUACUCGUUUGUCUGCUGCUGAUAUCGAACGUAUGGUCCAAGAUGCUGAAAAGAAUGCUGAUACCGACAAGAAGCGUGAAGCCGUUGUUCAAGCCAAGCAAGAUCUUGAAGCCUACGUCUACCAAGUCGAAAACAACGUGUCUGAUCCUAACGUCAACAUGAAGCUUCGUCGUGGUGACCGUGAAGCCAUUGAAACUGCUCUUGCUGAAGCUAUGGAAUUCAUGGAAAUCUCUGAAGAAACCACUGUCGAUGAUAUCAAGGGUGCUCAAUCCAAGUUGAAGCGUGCUGCCACCCGUGCCUUUGCUCAUGUUUACUCUCAACGUCGUUAAGUCUUUUUCUUUUUUUGAAUAAAAGGGAAAUUUCUUAUUAUUGUAUAGCCUUCUCCACUUUCAUCACCAUAUCAUCAUUAUUUUUUUUGAAAAUUCAUUAGUUUAUUGUUUUAGUUACUGGAUUUUGUUUAGUGUUUAUUUUUUUAUAGAGAACUUUUUUCUUAUCCCUUUGAAAAAUAAAAAUGAAUCUACUUUAGGAAAG